AUGAUAACUGAUAAAGAGACGGCAAUCUUUCGUGAAAAGAUUGAUCCGAACUUCCCAGAUUUGAUCGAAUUAGCAAGGAAAUGUCCAUUGGUGAUGGUAAACUCAAAUGAGCUUUAUGACUUUCCCAGACCUACACUUGCGAAAAUAGUGAACAUAGGCGGUGUAGGAGCUCAGUUGAAGGAUGUGGAGCCAUUAUCACAUGAAUUCCAGCAAAUAGUUGAUGUUGCCAAAGGAAUUGUGGUAUUUUCCUUUGGCUCAGUUGCUCCAAGUGAUAGAAUGCCUUUUGCCUGGAAAAUGGCUUUCAUUGACGCCUUUAAGCGCUUUCCAGACUAUCAUUUCAUCUGGAGAUAUGUGGGAACAGUUUCGGCUGGUGUUCCAUUAAUAACAAUACCUCUUUUUGGGGAUCAACCGAAGAACUCGAAACUUGCUGAGCAACAUCACUUUGCCCUACGCAUACACAAAAGCGAAAUCAAUGCCGAUACCGUGGCUGAAGUGCUGAAAAAAAUACUUACUGAUCAAAGCUACUCUCAUAACAUCAAACGCCUUGCGCAGAUGGUUAGGAAAAAGCCGGAGAGUGUUUCCCAUUUGUUGGUUUCAUGGACUGAGUUUGUCGCUGAGUUCAAGACGUUGGAUAACCUCGUGCCGGCAGGAAACAAACUGAAUUUUAUUCAAUAUCACUCCAUAGAUGUUAUUUCACUCCUAUUGUGCAUUAUCUUUACAAUUUGCUUUAUUUUGUGGAAGUCGUUGAAGUUCGCAUUAUUGAAAUUACUACCAAUGACAUUCUCUAGUAGAAAGCAGAAAAAUGAAUAACU